GGUGGCACUGACUGGCACUGAUGGGUGACAUUGAAAGGCAGCUCAGAUGGGCACUGAUAUGUGGCAUUGAUGUGCACUGGUAUGCACUGACAUGUGGCAUUGAUGUGGCACUGAUGGGCACUGGCACGUGGCACUGAUGGGCACUGGCACUUGGCACUGAUGAGCACUGACAGGUGGCACUUCUGGGGCCACACUGAUCAUCAGGACACACUGAUCAUCAGGACACACUGAUCAUCACUGUCAGCGUGACAGAUCGAGAGGAGAGAAAUGCCGAUAACCGGCAUU